GAGGCAGUGGGAAUUACCCAGCACGAUACGUCACAAACUGACAUACAUUAUGAAACAGUCAACUUGAUCAAACUUUUUCUCUUCCCACCACCUGUAAAACUGGGACCAGGCUCGUUAGAUGUAAUUGGCUGUACACAAUAAUAGAAGAAGUGGAGAUUUAUUUCUUUGUUUACAUCGGUGAUGCGCGGUACACGUCUCGAGCGGGGUCUUGUUCUUUCCGUUCGGGAGUUGACGUCUACGAGCGAGGCAGCAGAAGUCAUUUAGCAGACGAUAAGAACAGGAUUUUACCAAACCUUGAGCACCCUAUGAUGGCCAGUCAAUGCUUUUCCCAACACGAUGUGCUCUGACGAUGACAGACAACAGUCAUGGCAGUGUGCAAUAAAUGAUUAUGGAAAAUGAUUCAGACGAAGGUGUCCAAGAUUCGCGCGACUGUGGGCGGGCCCUCACGUGCGUUUUGAGUCCGGACGACGUCGUCGUCGUCGUCGUGUGCAAGAAGUCGGAAGACGACGUCGUUGCUGACGUGACGCUAUGCCGGUUCGGUCGGUUCCGUCCUCGCUGGCUACAGAGUUUCAACAAUCCAAAAUGUCUGCUGUUCUUCCUGUCCUACUAUGCGAUGGUUUUAGGUUUUGUUGUCAACGGCGUGAACAACGUAAACACGACGUCGAUAGAGCGGCGCUUCAACCUGCCCAGCGCCAAGGUGGGCCUCAUCUCCAGCGCCUACGACGUGUCCGCCGCCGUGCUCGGCGUCAUCGUCAGCUUCUUCGCGUCAGGGAAGAACAAGGCAAAGUGGAUCGCGAGCGCGGGUGUCAUAAUGGCCUCCGGGUCCGUAGUGAUGUCACUUCCGCAUUUCACCACCGGCCUGUAUGAUUUGGGAGAGAAGACCGAUAACUUGUGUUCAUCAAAUGAAACCGUUUGUUUUGACAAAGAGGAGACAUAUCUAUCAACCUAUCUAUAUGUAUUUAUAUUGGGUCAAAUGCUUCACGGAGUGGGCGGGACGACCAUCUACACAGUGGGCGUGGCUCUAAUUGAUGACAGCGUGUCUGAAGUCUCCACGCCCCUUUAUAUUGCUUUUCUGUACGGAUUUUCCAUCCUGGGUUCGGGCCUAGGAUAUCUAGUGGGAGGCAAGUUCCUUAGUUACUACGUCGACUUUGAUACAGUCGAUACGUCCAAACUGACGGUGACCCCGGACGACCCUCGCUGGGUGGGAGCUUGGUGGCUCCCGUUCAUUGUUUCUGCCGUCCUCAACCUGGCGGCCGCCAUUCCGCUAUUCGGCUACGGAGCUGAAUUACCAAGUGCACGACGAGUUCGCGAGACUAGAAUAUCUCACGCCCACAACACCGGCAAACACGUCGUGGCGCGAACGGGCAUCCAUAGUUCUGCGCGUGACGCCAUCCGGGUACUGUGUUCUCUGGCGCGAAACCCCUGUUUCGUGUUCAUCACGCUCAGUAUGGUGACAGAAGGCAUGAUUUUGGCGGGAAGCGCCACGUUCCUUCCCAAAUACAUAGAGAAUGGGUACGGCGUGUCAGCAUCAUGGGCGGCCAUGUUGACGGGUAUGGCGGUUGUGCCGAGCGCUGCUGGGGGUCAGUUCAUCGGCGGGCUGGUGGCGCGGAAGAUGCAGCUUGGUAUCAAGGGUUCUAUCAAGCUGUGUCUGGUAGGGGUGACGGGGGUGGCGGUGUUCAGCGCCGCCCUCUUCAUGCACUGUGACUCUGACGUCAUCACCGGAAUCAGCGCACCUUAUACACAGAGCCAGUCGGACGGUCCGUACAGUCUGACGUCAUCGUGUAACGCGGACUGCCACUGCAGCACGGACUCGUACGAACCCGUGUGUGACGCCGACAGCAAGAUAUUCUUCUCGCCGUGUCACGCCGGAUGUCGCAUGGAGCUCAACAACGGGCACAACUUUGCAAUGUGUAGUUGCAUAGGGAAUACCAAUUCCACGGCAGGAAGUUCCCCAAUGUUAACUUCCAUUGGCUGUCGCAAGUCAUGUGACCUUCUUUACGUGUUCCUUGGUUUACUCUUCAUUCUGAUUUGGUUUUCAUUUUUUCCAAUCGCUCCUGGAGAUUCUAUUCAGUUACGGUGCGUGCCAGAACAACACAAGACGUUUGCUCAGGGAGUGAAACUGUUGGUUGUGAGACUGCUGGGAACCGUACCCGGACCUCUGUUUUAUGGCCGGAUGAUGGACGAGUCAUGCGAGGUUUGGCGGGAAAACUGCGGCGAUCGUCUGUCGUGCUGGAUCCUCAACAGACAGGCCCUCGCGCGCAACCUCUUUCUGCUCAUGAUGGGCACGUGCGUCAUGACGGCCAUUUUCUGCGUGCUCGCCAUGCGCCUCUACAAACCUCCGCCGGAAGUGGUCAACAUUGAGGAACGAAAACGUUCGUGUUCGGAAGAGCUCACCUGAAUAUUCAGGGCGUUUCUUUUUUUCUUUUUUUUAAACCAAAUAUUAAAGGCACAGACCCUAGUUUCAACCCAUAAAAAUGCACACUAAGUUUAGUUAAAGGGACAUUCCUGAGUUUGCUACCAUUUUUAAGGUGUUAUGGACUGAAAGAUACUUUUUAACGAUUGUAAUUACAUAUCAAAUUUAUUUUUCUGCAUAAAAUAUUAAU